GUGGUACCGUUGCGCCGCGCUCUUGUCAAGCGUUAUCGCUGGGAGGCGACACCACCGGGGUGUCGCGGUCGCCGUCACGCGUGGUCCCCGAUCCCUUCGCAAGGAGGACGCUCCCAGACGCGAAAAUGACGUCCCGUCACGAGAAGGAGCGUGCCAAGCAGAUCCAGGAGAAAUGUCAGAAUCUGUUGACGCAGAUGCUUCGCGACGAGGAUAACAAGUACUGCGUCGACUGUGACGCGAAAGGACCAAGGUGGGCCAGCUGGAAUUUGGGAAUAUUCUUAUGUAUCCGAUGCGCUGGUAUCCAUAGAAAUCUUGGAGUGCAUAUAAGCAAAGUCAAGUCCGUCAAUUUAGACACAUGGACACCGGAACAAGUAGUGAGUUUACAACAAAUGGGCAAUUCUCGAGCCCGAGCAGUCUAUGAAGCCAAUCUUCCAGAUAGUUUUCGAAGACCUCAAACAGAUUGUAGUCUGGAAAGUUUUAUUCGCGCAAAAUAUGAACAUAAAAAAUAUAUAGCUAGAGAAUGGGUGCCGCCUCCUUUACCAAAAGUAAAUUGGGAUAAAGAACUUGACGAAGAAGCUGAAAGGCAGCGUAGACGGAAAAAGGAGAGUUCGGAAGCUACAGUCUCUGUACUCCCACCUGUAAAAAAGCCGGAAGUAGUGCCUCAAUUGCCAAAACCUCGAAGUUCUGUUAGUCCUAAAUUGGGCAGAACAAAAGAAAAUUCUGCAAUCCUCGAUCUCUUAGGUCUUGAUGCACCAGCAACUAACCAAACAAAUGUAAAUGGUUCUGGGGACGACGUAUUUUCUUCCUUCUUGUCUGCACCGCCUGCUUCCAUAGCUUCAACUGGAAAUGAUUCUAAUGGAAGUAAAACAAACACCACCGCAAGUAAAAGCGAAGAGGAAAGCUUCUUUAAUCAACCGACCCCGCUACCUCAGGAAAAAAGCAAGAUGACUAAAGACAGUAUUUUAGCAUUAUAUGGUACACCAAGUCAUCAACCGAUUUAUGGUGUCUCAGGAGGAGUGUAUCCUCAACAUUCUGUUCCAUAUAAACAACAAAUGCCUAAUGUGGGUGCAUUUGGGCAACAAAGCUCCUUGGCUCAACUCGGUCAACUUCCCACGCAAUUACCGGUUACAAAUCAGAUACCUGUCAAUCAAAAUCAAAUUAUAGCGAAUCCUAAUUCGAUAGGUGCUGUAGCAGCUAAUCCUUUGGGUUUACAUAUAGGACAAAUAAAUCAACUAAAUGGUGUUCCUAAUGCUGCUGUCACAGUGCCACCUCAAAUGAUGAUGCAGCUAGGACAAAGUAAUAUUGCUAACAAUGGAUGGAGUGGAAUGCUGACACAGACUAUUCAACCAGCUCCCGGCAGCAAUCCCUUCUUUAAUUUAACAACACAACAACAACAAACUGCAUUUACCGCUCAGUUGCCACAACAAAUGUCGCAGAUGUCUCUGGGCGAUAUGAACUUUGCCUCUGCGACGGGCAAGCCUACCGCUGCCACGCUACCCGGGCAGACUCUUUCCACGAAUUUGUGGCAGUAAAAUUUAUUGCGAAUAUUGUUAGCCUGUUGAUUAUCUCAUUCAAUGUUGUAUACUCAUAUCGACAGUUUAUUAUCCAACGUAAUAAUUUCAUGUCCGUCGAUUGAACAUUGCUUUGGAAAGUAAUAACUGGCGAUGGAGACAAAAAUGAAAAAAAAAAAGAAUGACUUUGAGUGUUGUCUCAACACAUAAUUCGUCAAUGUUUAUAGUGUUUCAAGUAGAUACAUAUUUUUAUUUGAAAGUCUUCAUCAGCUUUCAACGUUACUGUUGAAGGAGGAAAAAGAAACUGGAAUAAAAAUCAGACAAGUCUUUGACCGAAUGUAAGGAAUAAAAAUGUUAUUUGACACUAAAUAUGUAUCUCAUGAUGCAAAUUAUGUUGCUACAAUAAGGGCUUUUUGUAAUUGCGAUUAAAAUAUAUACCAGGGUCCAUCUUCAACAUAACAGAAUAUUUAUUCGAGUCAAUAAUAAAAAAAGGUGUAAUUUUAAUUAGCUCAGAUUUUGUUGUUAAAAUUGUUAUGAAAUGUAUUUAUGAGUUUAUUCGUGAAACAGGAAUGCGUUUGGCAUAAAGUACAUUUUUUUUUUAUCAAACAGCAUCGAAAAUUGAGUGGAAAAUUCAGUGGAAUUAUACUGAUUUCAAAUGUUGAUUCAAAUAAAAAUAUACAUGCAUUGUGUACAAGUUCCGUUAGAGAUAUAAAAAGACUUGGAUCUUCAACUUAUUUUUAAGGUAUUAUAUUCGACACGUGCAAUAUGUGUCCACAUUUAUUCUGUAUUGGUAAAUAAAUGCAAAAUAAUAUAAAUGCGAGAUAUAACGCAUUUCACUAAAAUAUAGAAUAUAUUACUGUUGCGACAAUGGUUUAAAUAGUUCGGCAAACUAUUUAUUGCAAAUAUCUACGUUAUGUGAAAAAAAUUCGUAAAUCGUUGAUGCUACGAAUUCUGAAGCAUUUUGAUUAAAUAUGUCAAAUUUUAGUCAAACUGAAUAAUACAUAAAAAAUUUUUGUUUUUUGAAAAAAAAUUAAAAAAAAAUACUCUGCAAUCGCGCAAGUAAUAAGAAAAUAUACACGUAUUUAUUUUAUUGUGCAAAUUAUAUUAAUUAUGCUUGUCUGUAUAUUAUCAGUAAAACGUAUUGCGAACAACAGUUAUUAAUACAUUGUUCAUAUGUGAAGAUAAAUUUAUUUAAUACGUGGGAGGCACUACUAUACUUAGAUGUGUAAUCACAACCUGUCUUUCAAAGUACCGAUAAUGAUGAUUAUGCAGACUAUCUAAGCAUUGCGUAUAUUUUCUCAUUUACAGGUUCUAUAUAUAAAGUUAUAAUCAAUUGUAACACAUUAAUAAGUUCAGAAAUGUGAAUUAAGUAAAUUUUAUUUUUCAUGAUUAUGGUAUUUUUGAUGACUUGAUUACCAAUAUACAACACUCCAAAUUUAAUCUAAGGAACCUGUAAUCAAGAAAAAAGUGCGAUGCGCGAGACAUUGUAUAUGGAUAUAGCAAGACACAGUAUUUUUGGCAAGUAUUGGCGUUAAUAUGAACAGUUAAAUCACUCUAAGUGAUUCCUGAUAAUCAAUGAAAGCUGUACCAAGAGGGACUUAAGAAAGCUCAUCUUAAUAAUUGUUGCCUACAGUAUCAAGCUGUUAUUUAUAUGAAUUAUUAUAAGUAUAAUGAAAUAGUGUACUUGUGUCAAAAUAUAACAUUUUAUUGUAAUAA